GUUCGGCCAAUCAGAUUUAAUAGAUCGCCGCUCUCCCGGGCAACGCUGCGUUCCACAUCUCGCGCUCCGACAAGUCUACGCAUGCGCGGUCCGCCUCUCUUUCAGGAAGAAGCUAAUGUUUUGGUUUUGAACGCUACAUUGUCCACAUGCAUGGCUACGUUGACUGUCACUGUCAUAUCUCUGCGAGGGAUUUUGACAAGGACAUAGAGGAGGUGGUUGAGAGUUCAAAAAAGGCUGGGUUGUUGGCGCUAUUAGCCGUGGCCGAGUAUGCUGGGGAAUUUGACAAGAUUAUUGAGUUGUCACAGAGGUUUCCAGGUUUUAUUUUUCCCUGCCUAGGAGUCCACCCUGUUCAAGAAGUUUCCCCAGAGCAACAGAGGGGGGCUUCUCUCCAGGAUCUAGAUGCUGCUCUACCCAUAAUAGAGAAAUACAAAGACCAGCUUGUGGCCAUUGGGGAGGUUGGUUUGGAUUUUACACCCAGAUAUGUCAGCAAUGACACUGAUAAAGAGAGCCAAAGGCAGGUCCUCAUUCGUCAGGCACAGAUAGCCAAGGAACUGGAUCUGCCUCUAAAUGUUCAUUCAAGAUCUGCAGGAAGACCCACCAUCCACCUCCUGAAGGAGCAAGGUGUCGAAAAAGCCCUACUUCAUGCUUUUGAUGGAAAACCGUCUGUUGCCAUGGAGGGAGUGAAGGCUGGAUAUUUCUUUUCUAUCCCACCAUCCAUAAUACGGAGUGAACAGAAGCAGAAACUCGUGAAACAGUUGCCAUUAGAGAACAUCUGUCUAGAAACUGACUCACCUGCUCUCGGUCCAGAAAAGCAGGUGAGAAAUGAGCCCAAAAACAUCUGUAUCUCUGCUGAGUACAUCAGUAAGAUCAAAGGAGUGUCGCUGCAGACGGUGAUGGAGGUGACGACACAGAACGCUCUCCGACUCUUCCCAAAGCUAAAGUCUGCCAUCAGACCCUGACAAAGACUUAAACGUUUAUUUCAUCAAUAUCUUGAAUUAAUUGCCCAAGUAAUUUAAUGUGGAAGUCUGAUUGAACCAAGAUGCCCUGAAGUGUAAAAAACCCCCAAAACAGAUGGUCAGACGAGGUGUAAAUCAGUAUGUGGACAAUACAACUGUACUUGAGUGCUCAUAGGCAUUUAUUUAUCUCCAUUUAUUCUUAAAUAAAGGAAGAUGAGAUAACAAUUUCA